AACAGAACAUAAAAAAGACGCUCAUGCCUCGAAAGCCUGUGUGUACCCAUUUCUUAAUGUACACAAAGGGAAAUAACUAAAGAAUAAUCAACAAACACUCAAAAAAGCAUGGCGACGUAUAGUACAGAUUUAGCUAAAGGUUUAUGGAAUCUUAAGAUUGAUGAUAAAUAUGCCGAUUUUACGAUAUCCGUAAAUGGCAGAGAAUUCAAGUGCCAUAGAGUCAUCUUAGCCGCCCUGUCAGAGUACUUUGAAAUCAUGUUUGAUAGUGGACUAGAGGAAACAAAAACUGGUCGAGUUUCCCUGGAUGGUAUGCUAUUAGAUGAAGACAGUUGCUCAGAUUUGUUAAAGUUUAUUUAUACUGGUGAACCUAGGGUGGUUAACAUGGGUAAUGCUGACAUCCUUCUCCAUGUGGGCCACAUGAUGCAAAUAAAGUCUCUCCAUACGAUAUGCAAGCAGUUUCUAAGUAAACAUGCUGACAAGUCUAACUGUGUACAUGUUUGGCAGGUUGCACAGAAUCAUGGCGAAACUGCAGAUCUGGCCGAGAUAGCACGAUCUUUAAUUCUUAAACAUUUUGCCGAAAUUGCUAACAGUGAAGCCAAACUUGAUGAAAUAGGUACAGUUGAUACUCUUAUAUCUAUUUUGGAAUCUGAUAAUAUAAAUGUUGUAGAUAGAAGUGGUUUAUUUUGUCAAGUCUCAUUUUCCUGGAUAGUUGCGGAUUUCGAAAAUCGUAUUCAAUGUUUCUCAAAACUAUGCGAGGCUAUGAUGAAAAUUAGAGUGUCUGCGAAAGACAUAUACGAAGAGGCUAUCAAGAUUGAACAAUUCUCUACCAAUCAUGAUAUAUUGCGAAUGAUAGAAGACUUGAGAUCGCGUCACAAUUCUAAUUUGCAAGAUGAUGGUGGGUUUUCUACACCAGCAGACGAUGUAUUAAUGGUAAUUGGAGGCAGUGAGGGUGGAAAUAACUGCAGUGUUAUGGGGUUUAGUUUUCCACAAAAGAUUUGGUUUUCUCUAAAACCAUUGCCAUUAGACCCUGGUUAUAAUUUUGCCAUGUGUUCGAGAGGCCUCGACAUUUAUGUGUCAGGUGGUUCCGGACCCGGACCGUAUAAAGGAACUGGCGGGAAAACUGUCUUUUUAAAAUUUGAUGGCCAAAAGAAUGAGUGGCAUCAGCUUCAACAUUUACCAAAGGAAAAACAAUAUCACGUGAUGUAUGCCUUCGAUAACGUCUACGUAUUUGGCGGUAAGGACGACCAGGGGUGCACGAAUAGUGUUUUGAGAUUCAAUAUUGCCACGAAUACAUGGAUAUGCUGUAGAACUAGAUUGAAUAAACCUGUUAGAUCACCAGCUCACACUUGUGUUGGAAAGAAAGUAUAUUUAUUUGGCGGGUUUCUGUCCGAAAGCACACUUUCCGAUGCGAUUCAAUGUUUUAACUGCGAAUCGGAACAAAGCUACACAGUUUCGUAUAAGUUACCAGAUUUUGCACGACUAAAUUCCAAAGCGGUCAACUACAAAGAGCAGAUGAUAGUUGUUUGUAAGGAUGGAACCGUUUUGAAAUGUUCCGAAAUAGACAGCACACGACCAAUAUCGAAGAUAACUAAUUUUGAUAGGAAAGGAUUUGGAGCGUGCUGUUUUGAGGACAAGAUCUUGAUUUGCGGCGGAGAGGUUUCGUUCAGUUCACGAAAAGACAUGAUGCUGUAUGAUCUAAAAUCCGAAAUUGUUAUACCAAUGCAAGAAACACUACCAAUUUCUGUAUCCCACUUUUGUUUCACUAAGGCCAUAGUGAUGCGCGAUCACCUCACAACUGAAUGUGGAACAACUAUGGCAACAUUUUAACAAUUAUAUGCUAAAUGAUAUCUGCAAAUAAAAGAGACACCCACCUCAGAUGGAGUUGAAACAAACUGUCUUAGAUUCAAUGCCUUGAUCUGAAAUUGACACAUGUGUGUAUUACACAUGUAGAUGCAAAGGCGAAUACGCUGUUGCAUAACAGCAUCCCGUUGCCACUAUUUAAAACCUUUUCCAUUUUCGAUUCAUUUUUCUUUUUAUGCAGUUUUUAUACACAGAACACCGUUACAUGUUAUAUUUUAAACGCAUGAACACUUUUAAAAAUGUGGUGCACAAUCGUCCAUAUAGUUAUGAGCAGUCUAUACUGUAUCUGAAUAUUUCAUACAUAGUUAGGAGCAACGUUUUUAGUAAUUGUGGUCCUAAUAUAUUGGCUUAAUGUGACAGAGAAUAAAUUUAGGAAUUCAGUCCCUUAGGGGUCGAUUUGUGUUUGGGAAAUACCCUAUCUGUAACCACAACAGUAACCACUUAUACUUGCUUUUCAUUUGGUUAACAAAAGUGGUUGUGACAAAAUAGGGCUGAAAAUUUAUUAAUGUUUCCAAUUUUUUUUUUUAGUAAAGACGUUUAAGUUUAAGGGUGAUCUCUCAAACCGAUUGUUAAGAAAAUCGGAGUGUAAAUGAAAAAUGAGCCCUUCACUAUUGUGCAUACCUUUUGUUGGACGUAAACUCAGUUUGAACAUGAAUGAACUGCACACAAAUAUACAUAUAUAUAUUGGAUUUACAGUCUGGUUCCAUAGAAUCAGACACACCCCAACAUGAAAAAGUUCCUUAUAAAAUAAAUUGUCAAUGUAUUGGAUAUUUAACUUAACUGCUAAGGCCACCAAUGGACGGUGCUGCAAGGCAAGGUGGGAGAUAUUCGUAUUUGUUAUACAUGUUUUUGUUCAAAUUGUAAAUGUAAUUGAUUCGUGCACCUAAUUUGUAUUUCUUGUGUUGUUUAUAUCAGCUUCAGUUCUAUGCAUAAUAGAUAA